ACGUUAGAAAUCUAUUUGUAACUACUCUCUCUCUCUCUCUCUCUCUCAUUUUGUUAACAGUGAAAAUGGCCGAAGCUUUAGUCACUAUUGCUGCGGAGGGGAUACUGAAAAAGGUGUUGACUAUCGCUGCCAGCGAAAUCGCCACUGCUUGGAAUUACGAAGAAAAGCUCAACAGCCUCCACCAAAAAUUGGAGCUGAUUCGGGCCAGAUUGCGCGAUGCAGAGAAACGAAAGGAAACAGAGGCUGUGAGGGCGUGGUUGAAACAACUAAAAGAAGCAGUGGUCAAAGCUGACGAUGUGUUGGACGAGGUUGAUUAUGAAAUUUUAAGGCGUCAGAUAAGGAAACAAGAUCAGGUGGCAAGAAAGGUAGCCUGUCUUCCAAGCUUAAAAAAGCUUUCAUUUCGUAAUGAAAUUGGUCAUAAAAUCGAAAAAAUUAAUGAAGACUUGGAUGAAAUAUUUAAGAAUGCAAACGGUUUACAACUACAAAUUGAUCAACAGCCUGCUGGCACUGUUCCAGAUCCAGAUCGGGAGACUGUUCCAGAUCUAGAUCGGGAGACUGUACCUUAUCCAGAAAAAUUCCAAAUUUUUGGGAGGGAUGAUGAGAAACAACGAAUCGUAGAGCUAUUAACCGAGUCAAGAAAGGAAGAAGAACUUACAAUUUUGCCCAUUGUGGGAAUGGGUGGUAUUGGGAAGACAGCUUUGGCGAAGUUGGUUUACAAUGACGAAAAAAUCGAGCAGUAUUUUGAUGUGAGAAAAUGGUUGUGUGUGUCGGUUAAAGUUAGCAUCGUCAAACUUCUCGAAAUGAUCUACGAAUCUGUUGCUGGCAAGGAACCUCAGUUGCACACUAAGGUCUAUUUAAUUGAUAGUCUUAAAGAGCUGUUGGCAUCAAAAAGAUAUCUGCUUGUCUUGGAUGACGUUUGGGUCGAAGAGAGGCAAUAUUGGGAAGAUUUUAGGAAAGAAAUGCUAUAUGUAAACUCACAAAAUGGAAGUGGCAUUCUUAUCACUACACGAAAACUUGCAAUCGGAACUCAUGAUAUGAUCAGGGAUUCGUGUAAUCUAGAAGGUCUUUCCAAUGAUGAGUGUUGGUCAAUCUUUAGAGGAAGAGCAUUUGUGCCAGGAAAAUCACCGCCUCCAGAACUAGAAGCGAUAGGGCGUGAGAUUGUGAAAAAAUGUUGUGGUUUACCAUUGUUAUUAAAUGUAAUAGGUGGCAUGUUGGCAAAUGACACUGAUCCAGAGAAGUGGUUGUCCAUCAAAACCAACAAUGUUUGGGAUAUAGAAGAAGGGAAUAAAGUUCAAAGGAUCUUGGAACUGAGCUUUGAUAAUCUCCCCAAUUCUACAGUCAAGCAAUGUUUUGUAUAUUGUUCCAUCUUUAAGAAAGACGAGGUCAUGGAAAGGGAAGAACUGGUCCGACUUUGGAUAGCUUUAGGGUUGGUUCAUGAGGAAAAAAACAAGGAGAUGGAGGAUGUCGGAAAUGAUGUUUUUCAGAUUUUAGUAAGUAAUUCGUUGUUCCAAGAUGUUCGAAGGGAUGAGCAUGGUCACAUCACUCAUUGUAGCAUGCAUGAUCUGGUGCAUGACCUUUCAUUAUCACUUUCAAAUCAUGAAAGCCGAUGUCUGGUGGAUGCAACUAAUGAUGAUAUUGCACGUAUCCCUCAUGUUAAACAUCUCUCUUUUUACCAAGAACUGAUCGAGGAUGAUGAAUUCAAAUCCAAGGUUUCUAUGUUCAUUGAAAGGAAGCCGGUAGCUAGAACUUUGCAUACAUUGUUCAUCAAAGUUGAAAUUGAGAAGAAAUUUCCAUUUCAACAAUUCAAGUGCAUACGAGUCCUAAAACUCAAAGGUUAUAAAAGAGGGAAGUUAGACGAUUCAAUUGGAGGGUUGGUGCAUCUCAGGUAUCUAGAUUUGACAUAUACGAAAAUCCUUGUUCUUCCUGAAUCUAUUGGUAAAUUAUACCACUUGCAAACUCUGAAGUUGCCUAAAGACAUUGAGCAGUUUCCAGAAACCAUGAGAAAUUUGAUAUGCCUGCAAUAUCUAAUCUCUCACACAAACAUUCCUGCCAAUAUCUUGGGGCAGUUGAUUUAUCUUCGAAAACUGUCUUCCGUCAAAGUGGUUGGAAGGAAGGGACAUGGUAUUGAAGAGCUACGCAAUUUGAAUAACCUCACUGGAACGCUCUGUAUUUUCAAUCUAGAAAAUGUUGAGAGCAAAGAGGAUGCUGUCAAUGCAAAUUUAAGUAGAAAGAAAAACUUAUACAAUAUUGAAUUCAGUUGGAGUGGGAACAAUGAUGAAGAUGCUACCCGAAACAACAAGGAUGUAUUGGAAGGCUUGCAACCCCCUAGAGAUGUGAAAAAGUUGACAUUUAGAAAUUUUUCAGGUGAUAAUUUUGCAGAAUGGGUAACGAAGAUGGCAAUCCAUAUUGAAGGGAAAUGGACACCCCUUGACAAGCUCGUGGAGAUCAGGUUAUUUGGAUGUAGGCGCUGCCUCUCUCUUCCAACGCUUGAGCACCUGCCUCAUCUUCAGGAUCUGGUGUUGGAGUCUAUGGUCAGCUUGACAAGCUUAAGGAGUACUUCCGAUGUUACUGGAUCUACGAAGCCUUUAUCUCCAUCGUUGAGAACUCUCACACUAUGGAAUAUGGAAAGACUUGAAAAGUGGAUAGAUGGAGCAACCAACAGCUCAAAAAUGAUUUCGCCUGUCCUCGAGGAGUUGGUAAUUGCUAAUUGCCCAAAGAUUAUUCUCUUAGAUGAAUGCCAUCCCCAUCCUCUUGUUUCCUUAAGCAUAUCUGACUGCACAGGUAUGGAGUCCAUUAAGAGCAUACAAGGCCUUACAUCUCUUGAAUUUUUAUAUAUCUGGAAUUGCCCUAGUCUUUUAGGAAUACCCAGUUUUUCUUGUGAUGAUUACCCAGCAUCAGUAACGAACGUGGCAAUCGAUAUCGAACGGAAAUGGACGACCCUUGACAAGCUGGUGAAAAUCACAUUAUCUAACUGUUGUAGCUUCCUCUCUCUUCCAAUGCUUGAGCACCUACCACAUCUUCAGGAUCUUUGGUUAGCGAACAUGAACACGUUGACAUGCUUAAGGAGUUCCGAUGUUACUGGAUCUAUGAAGCCUUUGUCUCCAUCGUUGAGAUCUCUCAGACUAUAUAAUAUGGAAAGCCUGGAAAAGUGGAUAGAUGGAGCAACCAACAGCUCAAAAAUGAUAUCGCCUGUCCUCCAGAGAUUGAAUAUCAAGAAUUGUCCAAAGAUUAUUCUCUUAGAUGAAUGCCAUCUCCAUCCUCUUGUUUCCUUAAGCAUAUCUGACUGCACAGGUCUGGAGUCCAUUAAGAGCAUACAAGGCCUUACAUCUCUUGAAUCUUUAUCUAUCUGGAGGUGUCCUAGUCUUUUAGGAAUAGCUAAUUUGCCCAACCAGUGUCAUUCUUUGAAGACUUUGUAUAUUUUCCAUUGCGAAAAGCUGACUUCCUUCGCUCAAGAAAUGUGUGACUGUUUUGCCUUCUUAAAUGACUUGAAACUUGGUCCGUUCUCAAAGGAGCUGGAUUCUUUCCCAAGUCUCCAAGGCAUCGAGAAGUUAAGGAACCACCUUCACUCGUUAACAUUAUUUGGUGACAAUCAGUGGGAGUCAAUGCCAGAAGAAAUACAACACCUCACCUCACUGACUUCAUUAACCAUAAGUGGAUUCAGAAUGCGAGAACUGCCCAAGUGGUUAAAAAACAUGUCAUCUAUCCGAAAAUUAGAUUUCUAUGGUUGCAAAGGGCUAAAUAAAGAAAUAUUUAGACAGGGAGCACCGCGUGAAGCAACUUAUGUCGAACUAAAUUUUCAAAGGUGUUAAUAAUGUUGUAUCACUCAUUCCUCCUGUUACUCACUCACUAAUAAACUCUGUUUUCACUUUCACCUCCCUUGUGAUCCAAUUGGUACUGAAACAUUUGUCUUGUUCAAUAAGAGAAGUACAAAAGAGAUGUAAAAGUCCAAACGUUAAUUUUUUAAAUUUGUUACUUACACUUUAUACUAAAUUACUAAAUAUCUCAAAACUCCUCUCACUUA